AUGAAGUCUUCUGCGGUCGUGAGCAAUGUGCUCGCCUGUGGACUGUUGGCCUUGCGGGGUGCCCAGGCCGUUACUCUCUCGCCAAACACGCAAGAUCUGUUUGACGAGUCGAUGAACUUCCUCGACACCAUCUAUGAUCGUUCCGCAUCGUACCUGUACUACUUCUACUACCCCUUGGCUGCUGGCCCGCAUGAGACUCGCUCUUCGGUCUGGUAUGCCACCGGCCUGCUUCAGCGGAACAAGGGCGACGAUGUUGAGCAAGCUGUCAAGAUCAUCAAGGCCGUCAUUGGUGAUCAGGAGAAGAACAAGACUCUGCAGUGGUUCGGAGACUACACAGUCUACCCAGAGCAGCCGACUGUUGGCACAGAAGCAUAUCCGGCAGUGAUUUACAACUCGUGGGAUCCCAACUGGAGAGGCUUUAUUGGCACCAACCUGAUUGUCAUCUACGAGGAGUUCCAGCAUCUCCUGCCGCAGGAUGUGCAGGGCUUGAUCGUGGAGAGCAUGGUCAACAACACCAUUGGCGACAGCUACCGUGUCGGUGGGGUGGACGACGACAAUCUAUUCCCCUCGUACAGUAAUCCCUCCUUGAUGCGUGCUGUCGCCUCUGGGUGGACUGGCCGCAAGGUCAAUGACGCCAACAUGACGGCUGCAGGCGAAAUGUACGCGCAGGAGAUUCUCGACCUCUUCAACCUCAACAACACGCUUUCCGAGUUCAACAGCGGCACCUACGCCGGCGUCUCGAUCUACGCGCUCACGCUGUGGGCCAAGUACAUGCCCCAGGACUCCAUCAUGGGCCAGAACGGUGCUCGCAUGCUCAAGCAGGUGUGGGAGACGACUGCGGCUCUGUACAACCCUCUUCUCCGCAACCUCGCCGGGCCCUGGGACCGGUCCUACGGCUACGACAUGAACAAGUAUGUGGCCAUCCUCGGAAUCUACCUGUGGUCGCUCUUGGGCAAGGACCAGGCCUUCGGGGAGAAGUCGCGGGUGUGGUCGCUCGCCCACGCCGACGACUUUGAGUACGCGCCCCUCAUUGCAGUGCUCGCCCCCUUCCACGACUCGCUCGUGUCCGACUGCACCAUCGCCAGCCUCAAGUCUACCAGGGAGCACACCGUCACCACCUCGGCGUUCGCCCCGCCGCACGACAUGGUCCCGCGUAACGUGACGACCUGGAUGUAUGCCAACCUCACCAUCGGCGCCGAGUCGUUCCGCCAGGACGUCCUCGGCGGUGCCCGCGCGGACAACUCGCAGUGGAACCCCGCCGUUGUGCAGUGGGCACGUCCCUACGACAGCUCUGUCGGAUACAUGACCCUGCACGCCAGCGAGAUGGCGCUUGACGUCGGCGUGGCUCCGUAUGCGCUUAACCUGACAUAUCCGGCAGGCAACUCGUCGAGCUCCUUCACCUUCUUGAUCGCCCCGAAUCCGUUGGGCCAGAAGAGGGACAUCACCGACCUGGCGGACAUCAACGGCUUGAAGUUUGAGGUUGGCGGCACGGUCGAUCCCAAGCCGCAGUCUACGUUCUGCGGGCUUGUUGGUGGAACCUGCAGCAUUAUUCACGGCUUCGAGUUUUGGAACUUGACUUUCACAAUGCCAGCCGGCAGCACCGAGGUGCCUAGUAUCACUUUCAAGUUUGAGCUGGAAUGA